AUGUAUUAUCAUGACCUCCUGUUUUUCUUUUUGUCAAUAGGAUCUGUUUUUACGCUAAAAGUUCAAGUAAAUGACAUCAUCAGUCAUCAGUACCUUCGACAGGCGGUGGUAGAGGUGUUUGUUAACUACACCCUGACAAAUUCCACUCUUACUGGAAACAAUGGAGCAGUGUUAAUAAAAGUCCCCUACAAAUUAGGAUUAAGUUUAACUAUUGUCUCAUACAAGGAUGGCUACCUGCUGACACCUUUGCCUUGGAAGACUGCGAGAAUGCCAAUAUAUUCAUCCGUGACGCUCUCAUUAUUCCCACAAAGUCAAGCUAAUAUAUGGCUCUUUGAAGAUACUGUCUUAAUUACUGGAAAACUGUCUGAUGCCAAAUCCCAACCGAGUGUUCAGUUUCCAAAAUCUUUAAUAAAGCUUCCAUCAAAUCAUAUUGCAAAUGUUACAGCCUAUCUGACAGUGCCAGAGCAAUUUUUGAAAGUGGACAGCUUUCUCUAUACAACAGGAAUUAUUCUAAAUAAAUCAGGUUUCAAAAGCAUGGAAUUAACUCCUCUUGCUGCCAUAUGUGUAAAUGUUCUUUUGGCUGGGAAAGAGCUGAAUGUAAAUGGUCCCAUUCAGGUUACACUUCCUCUUCCUGCAACUACUGUAAAAUCAGGAGAUGCUGUACCUGCCUGGACAUUUGAUAUGAAAAUUGGUGCUUGGGUAAACCGUGGGCUAGGAAUGGUCAAGGAAGUGGAUGGUCAGUUAGUAUGGACAUACACUGCUCAGCACCUGGGCUACUGGAUAGCAGCUCCACUGCCUGGAACGAGAGAAUCCAUUAUUAGUGCUGUUUCCAAGGACAUAACAGCCUAUCACACGGUGUUCCUUACGGCCAUACUGGGCGGAACUGUUGUCAUUAUCAUUGGAUUUUUUGCUGUUCUUCUUUGUUACUGCAGGGAUAAGUGUCGUCGGACACAGAAGAAGGAAAAAAACACAACCAAGCUGGAGGUCAUAAAAAAAGACCAGACCACGUCAACAACUCACAUAAAUCACAUCAGUGCUGUCAAAGGGUCUUUAAAGCUGGAGGAUAAGUCCCAGUUAUAUACACCGAAGAUUUCUUCAUACAGCCCUCAAAGAAGGCUGUCCAUAGACACAGAAGAUGGAAAAUCACAAGACAAUUUUAAAAUCUACUCAGAGGAUGCUUCUUAUCAGUCAUCCUGUCAGACUGGUCAGGCAGGAAAUUCAGUCCAUUCAGUGGAGCCUAGUGCUAGAGUGAGGCUUUUACAGCAGCCAAAGCACAGUAACAGUACUAUUUCCCAGGCUGCUAGGGACAUUCCAGACCAAAACAGAUAUCUUUCCUUGAAAGAGGAGAUGUAUGGGCUUUCCCAUAUCCCAGAACAUCUAAUGCAUAUUUACAAUCAGCCUAUUGCUAUUCUUCAAACCUCAGACCUUUUCCACUCCCCAGAACAACUGCAUCCUGCUAAAUCCGCAACUUUGCCAAGGAAAGGGCAGCUGGUGUACGGCCCCAUGAUGGAACCCAUGAAUCGCGAGAGUUACAUGCAAACACUCCCCAAAAUUCCAGUGCACUCUCAUCCCCAGCCUUCUGCCUGCAGAGAUGAGAGCAGUGCCCUGGAUGGUGAAGAGGGCUUACCUUCCCAAACAUCCAACUGGGGCCGCUACACCAACAGCUUACUGGAAUCUGUCUCUGUUCCUGGGACGUUGAAUGAAGCAGUUGUAAUGACUCCGUUUUCAUCUGAACUUCAAGGGAUUUCAGAACAAACAUUGCUGGAACUCUCUAAAGGAAAACCAUCUCCACAUCCCCGAGCAUGGUUUGUGUCCCUGGAUGGAAAGCCAAUUGCUCAAGUGAGGCAUUCUUUCAUAGAUCUGAAAAAGGGCAAAAAAACUGAGAGUAAUGAUACCAGUCUGGACUCUGGUGUGGACAUGAAUGAGCAUCAUCCUAACAGGAAAUUGGAGAGAGAGAAAACUUUCAUUAAAAGUAUGCCACAUUCUAAGAUUCUUUACUUGGAAGAUCUGGAUCUGAGCAGCAGUGAAAGUGGGACCACUGUUUGCACUCCAGAGGACCAGGCUGUGAGACACAUUAUGGAAGGAGGGAAUGGGCCAGUACUAGAACAGCAUGAUGAGGAAGGUCUGAGGAAAAAAUCUCUACCAGGAAGUCAUGAAUCUGGUAUCCCUUCUGCUAAAAAAAGGGAUAGACCACCUCUCAUGAAAAGAGAUAGCAAAACCAAUAUCUGGAAGAAAAGAGAGGAGAGGCCACUUAUUCCUAUAAAUUAAAACACUAUGUGCUUUGUGCUGUUGCUCUCCCUGCUGGUUGUUGACCUCUUGCCUGCUUCUGUAAUUCUGCAGUGUUGGGUUUACAAGGGAAAUGCUGUUUUCUAGUAUCAAGAAAAGUUUCAUUUUUUUUUAAACUACAGAUUGAGUUACCAAACUUAAGCUGGGCAAUUGAUAUUCCAUGUGAAUUUAAAACAGGGAAAUGCUACUAUUAAACUUUUCCAGUUCCUAAUUUUACUGGCAGUAUGGGGAAGGCCCACAUUUUACUUAGCCUGUCAUUCUUGGACACACCUUUGGGAAUGCACGGUGAGAAAUGUAGGCACAUGAUUUAAGUUUUUUGUACUUGUUGCUAGUGCAAUGGUAGCCUAGUUAAAGCCAUUCCUCAUCCUUGUUCCUAAUCAACGUGACCAUCUGUACAGUAUUUUAUAUGUGAACUUUUCUAGGGAUCUGUUACUACUUCUUUGUAUAAUGUGAAAUGUUUCAUACGUUGGUCCCAGGACACCAGCAGAUGUGCUCUGUUGGAUUUAUCAGCAGAGCUCUAUAGCAUUACUGCUCUCCCUGUGUGCCCAUCCAUGUGUAAUUCCAUACAGCAGCGGGGGAAGUGUAAAAGUGUGGCCGCUGCAGUUCAUGGUCCCCGCUAUCUUGAGAUGUUGCCCAUCUGCUUUGUUUAAGUCUGCUUUAUUGUGGCCCGUGGAUGUUGAAGACUGAUAUGAAGGGUCCACACCCAGCAGAAAAGGACUGGUUCUGGUAGCAUUUGAAGCAGCAGCUACUCCUGAUCCCAGUGUCUUGUUUGGGCUUCUUUGUCAGUGAACAUCUCUUCUGCAUGCUGUUGGGCCAGCUGUGCUCCAGAGUAUAGCCUUGAAUCUCUGCAUAUUUAUAAGUGAGAGUUUGGCCCAUGAAGAAGAAAUGUGCAAGAUUAGACAAAUUAUGCCUUGGAAAUAGUUUAUUGAGCAGGAAAGCUCGGCACUGUUGCUUUUUAUUUUAUGUUUAAAACAAUGGGAGAUCAUUUGAGGUUUAUGUGCCUACAUUUUGCCAGCCUGAGCUGCUUUUGUCUAGAUUUGCAGAGGAGUUAAACAGGCUUUAAAAGUCAGGGGGGGAGGGUUAUGAGCAUGAGACAGCAGAUUGCAAAAUUUGGUCUAUAAUGCAAUAUAAAUACUAUUUAUGACUCAUCUUAGAGUUAAAAUUACCAAAAGUCAUGAAUGCAUGAAUUUUAACUAAGAUAUGUAUAGAGGAAGGAAAGGCCAUCAGAAUAUUCUUUAAUUUUAAUGUUCAUCUUGUCAAAGUGAUCAUUUCAACUUUGGCUAACAGAAAAAUGGAUGCAUCUCUUAAUGUGCUUCAUAUAGUAAACAGAAUGUAUUUCUGUGGCUUUGAGGCUGUUUCCCUGGUGAAAUAAGUUCCAGCAUUUUGGCUUUGGCAGUUUGAUCAUAAAUCAUCGUAAAAAGGCUUUAUAAAUAUUUCCCUUAAAGCUUGGUUAAGGUUCUGUAUCAAGACCCAAACUUACAAUGCCUAUAUUUGAAUUGUGAUGUGAGUGGUGCUUAGUGACUUGCCCUAUAGUACACUCAAGAGUUGGGAAGUAUCCUAUGCAGCUGGGCUUCUGGGAAUAUUUACUCAGGAAAUAUUACUGUGAAAUAUGUCUGUUGUGUUGGGAUUGUCAGUUGUCUGGUGCUGUUUCUAGAAGAGUAUGGAAGGUAACCAGGAUGGUACUAGCAAUGCAUCAGUCCAAACUGAGCAUUUGCUUCAUGAAAGAAAUGUUCCUAUUGAGUUCACAAGCAUGAAAGUGCAAAUUAAGUUUGAGAUAGGGGGGUGUGUGUGGUGGGUUGACCUUGGCUGGAUGCUGGGUGCCCAUCAAGCUGCUCUGUUGUUCCCCUUUCCCAGCUGGACAGGGGAGAGAAAAUGAGAUGGAAAACAACACCUAGAUUGAGAUAAAGCAGUUUGCUAAGGCAAAAGUAAAAAUUGGUGUGUGCACAAAUACGAAAAGAAUAGGUUGGUUCUCUACUUCUCAGCAAGCAAUGUGUGGCUGCUUCCUGGGAAGCAGGGCUUCAACACCUGUAGUGGUUGCUCCAGAAGGCAAACCUUGUAAAUAACAAAUGGCCCCACUUCCUCCUCCUUUCCUUAGCUUUUAUGUCUGAGCUGAUGUCACAUGGUAUGGAAUAUCCCUUUGGUUAAUUUGGGUCAGCUGGCUUAGUUGAGUCCCCUCAAGGAUCUUGCCAACCCUCAGCCUGAUGAUUAGAAGGGAGUGUAGAGAACCAGCACUGAUGCUGUGCCAGCCCUGCCCAGCAGUAGCCAAAACAUUUGUGUGUUAUCAACUUUCCAGCUCCCAGCGCAAAGCACAGCCCUGGGAAGGCUGCUAUGGGAAAUGAGCUGUAGCUCAGUCACACCCAAUAUCCAUGGGUAUCAUCAUCACAGAUGGGAAUCUCAGUUCCCGUGCCUGGACCGCCUCCUCCCCCUCCUUCAGCACAGACCUUGGUGUCUGCAGAGGUGUUCCUCUCAUGUGUUCUCACCCUUCCCUUCUCUGGUCACAAUUACAUCUGCACAGUAACACCUUUUCCCUCUCAAAGCUGUUAUCACAGAGGUGUUACUAUCAUUUCUGAUUGGCCCAGCCUUGGUCAGCAGCUGCUGCUGUCCUGGAGCUGCUGACAAUGGCUCUGCUGAACAUAGGGGAAGCUUCUGGCAGGUUCUCACAGAAGCCACCCCUGUAGACCCCCGCACUGUCAAAACCUGGCCACCCAAACCUACAACACAUGGUGAAGAGCUGUUCCCCUGCAACCCAUGGGGUAUAGAUAUCCACCUGCAGUCUGUGGAUGAUGCCUGAAAGAGGCUGUGAACCCAUGGGAAACCUGUGCUGCAGCAAGCUCCUGGCAGGACCUGUGGAGAGAAGACCCAUGCUGCAGCAGUGUCCUGGCAGUACUUGUGGGCCUGCGGGGGUCUCACGCUGGAGGCAGGCUGUGCCUGAAGGACUGAACCCUGGGGAAAAGUGAGCCACGUUGGAGCAUUUGUGGAGAACUGCUGCCCCUGAGAAGGACUCAAGUUGGAGAAGUUCAUGGGGAGCAGCCUCCUGUGGGAGGGACCCUGCGCUGGAGCAGGGGAAGGACAUCUGUACCUGAGCAGCGGAACAAACCACAUGUGAUGAACCAACCCAUUCCUGUCUCCUUGUGUCACUGCAGGGAAGAAGUAGAGCUGGGAGAGGGAGGGGUGGGGGGAAGGUGGUUCUAAGAUUUAUUUGACUUGUCAUUAUCCUGCUCUGGUUGUGUCAGUAAUAAAUUCAGUUAAUAUCCCCAAGGUGAGUGAGUCUGUUUUGCCCGUGACAGUAUUCAGUGAGUGAUCUCUCCCAGUUCUUAUCAAUGAACCUUUCAUUGCAUCUUCUCUCCUCUGUCCUCUUUGUGCACGGGAUUGGUAAGAGUGGCUUUGGUGGGUGCCUGGCCAGGGCCAAACCACUACAGUGUGUAAAUAAGUCUGUAAUUAAAUUGGCCUAAAGAACCUAAAAGAGGUUUAAUUAUGAUUCAUCCAUUUCAGAUAUGAAGAUGGCUUGUCAUAUUAGCAUGCCUUUGGUCCUCUUUCUAGGUAACAGGAACUUUGUUGUCCAUUACCAAGUACAUUUUCACAAGACUUUUUUUUUUUUUUUAAUGUGCAGUUCUAUUGGAUUUUUUAUAUGACUUUCUAGGCCCAGAUAUUGAUAAUUUUAUCCUUUGCUUUGUUGUGUACAUUAGUAGGAAUCAAUUUAUAUUUGCACAUCUUCUGAAAGAUGUUUUUGAGGUUCAAUAUUGCCCUGUUUGCAGAGUUGCAUUGGUUCUGAUGGCUCUCUUUUCAGAAAGAGAUUAUACAUUCUGUUGAACAUAAUAGAAAAUCCCUAACAAGCUCAUGGUUUUGAGGAAUUCAUAUUAAGUUCCUGUGUCUUUACUUGAAAUUUUGUUCACCUACAGUAAUAUUUCAGACUUUUUAAAUGCAUUUUUCAUUGUAUAUACAAAAAAGAUCUAAUUUAUCAAACUUAACUUGUAUCAUCAAAAAAUACAGACUGCUGUAAAUGGCUUUAUUUAUGUGAGUUCAAAGGAAACAAGUUGUUCUCAUUCUCUCACAGAGUAGGUAUCUGGUCAUCAAAGAAAAAGGAUUAGAAAUCAAACUCUAAAAUUAUUAUGAUUAUGAUUUCUUUUCAUACAGACCAUUUUGGAAUAGAUUAUCUCAGUCUUCACAUUACAGCUGUAUGUUGGAACUUAUGCACUGGAAAAACCUGUCUUGCCUGCUAGAGAUUAGAAUUCUUUUUGGUUUUAGAUUAUUAAAAAAAAGGAGUUUGACUAUGCUGAGCUCUAAAUUCCCCAAAAAAUUCUACAUGAUGUGUAACAUGUGGAGAAGACAGAAUGUCACAGUGAACUUUCUUUUGGUAGUCAAACCAAUGGUUUUCUAUAUUGCUCUAUAUUAUUUCAACAUAUGAAUUUAUGGGAAUCACUGAAUUUAUUUUUUAAGAUAUUUUUUCUGUUGGCUCUUUGUGGCAUUAACAGACUGUUAAAAUGCUGAUGCCAGAAUUAGGUGUAUACAAAAAUUAGUAAGGAUUUGUGGCACACAGCUCUUUGGAAGGCUUGGAAAACAUUUAGAGGUUUUGACUUUGAAUCUGGAGGUUGCUUACAUUGAGAAUAAGAAGUGGGCCAUGUCUGUGAGCCCCUUCUAAGGAGAGGGGAACGAGUAGGGAAAACUGGAAAGGAUAUAGCUUCUUUCUGAUGCUAGUUUGAAAAUGGGUACGUGUUUGUGCUUUGGUGGAAUCAGUUCUUUCUGAACACAAAGGUUUGCAAGGCUUAUGUCUCAAGGCACUUCUUGAGCUGUCAGCUUUUGCAAGAAAAGCCUUUAUUUAUGUACAUAUAGUUUUAAGUGCAAGUUCAUUGACAGUAAUUUUUAGAUUGUUACCAAAUGCUAGAUAUUAUAGAUGAAAAAUAAAGGUGGGGAAAUCACUUAAAAAUCACAUUUGAUUAAGAGAAAAAAAGAAAAUUUUCAUAGAAUGGUCAGAAAAUAGAACUCUGGUAUUGCAAACCUGAAAGCAAAAAUUAUGUGUUGAUUAGGGACAUUAUUUACCACUGCAAAGCUAGAGAUGACACACCAAAAAUAAUCCAGGAUGUAGAAAUGUUUAGUUGUCUCCUUUGUUUUUAUGCAGUAAUUUGUACCAAAGAGGAUGAAAUGAAUGGGCACCAGUAUAGAUUCUUUAGUUAAAAAGUGACAAAGUUUCACACUACUGAUCAAACACUGUGCAAAUGAAAAGGCAGUGCACUACAUCUGUUGUCUAGUACUUUACAUAAGGAAAACCUGGAGAUAAAUUAGCCUGCUGAAGUGCCUUUCUCUUUCAUCAGACUUAUUUUAUCAGUGGGACACCUGACUAUCUGAAAAGCACAUUGUGGAUUUUUUUUCUGUUAGCCAAAAAACCCCUGAAUUCAUACAAUUAUGUAGCUUUUAUAAUAUUUUAAAAGGCAGAUCUAGUGUUUUUUAUGUUGGAAUACAGACUUCUGCAUGUUGAUGAUGAUGGUAAUUGUUGUAAAACCUGGUUUUGGUAUUUUAUCUUUGAAAAGAAAUUUAAAAAAUAUAUCUUCAGCAAUCUGAACAGUAGUGUCUUUUAAAAAUGCACAUAUGGGAUCUGAUUCAUCUUUGUACGUCAAGUGCAAGCAUCUUGAAGUCACUGGAUUUACAAUUAUGAAACUGACUGGGAUAUUAACUUCAAAAAUUAAAUUAAUAUAUGUUUAUAUAUAAACAUUAUUAUAAUGAUAAAAGUCCUUUUUUCAGCUGCUAGCUUUGCUUGCCAGUAGCAGCAGAAAGUGUAUGGAGAUGGGUAUGUAAUUCUUAUUUUCUAGAACCAAUUUUUAUCUCAAUUUAGGAGCCUAACCUGCAUUUUUUAAUUGUUUUUUAAUUUUUUUUUUUUAAAUUCAGUGGUAUUAUGAAAACACAAUACUAUGCCUACAGAGUUAAAGAUGAGCAUACUUUUAUAGUAAUUUGUACUAAUUUGAGCCACACUUCUAACAGUAGGCAGCUACAUUUACAUUAAAGAAUUUAUAUGAAAGGUGGUUAAAUGACUUGAAUCUGAGCUUCAUUUUCUUUUGAAAGCAGUAUUUAUUGUGUUCUGAAAAAAAAAAAUAAAUCUUCAGGUUUUUUUUAAGAUUGGCAGGGCAAAACUCUGUCAUUUCUUCUUGUGCUAGCCCUCUCAGCCUAAAAACUGUUUUACCAAAUGAAUUUUUUCAGUCAGUUUUAGGACUUACUGAACAUUCCUAUAUUCCCCCUCCCCAAAACAUCCUGGUACUUUAUUCCCCAGGUAAUUGAUUUAGUUCCUUUGAAGCACGUGUUGCACAUGUUAGAACAGUACUAUUUUUACAUGUCACUGUGUAGAAAGGCAGAUUUUAGUGCUCAUUAGAGCAUAGUGUUCAUACAAAGCCUGGCUCCGGAUGUUGCAAGGCAGGUGAACUCACAGCACUGACUGUGCUCACCACCUUGAAUUCUGGAGCCUUAUAUUCAACAAACACUUUAUGACCUUGGCAAUUAUUUUCAAAAACUCUCUAGUAUGGAUAUUGUUUAUGUAAAACAUUCUUGAUAUUCGGCAUCCUGGUUUUAAGUAUUUCUACCUUUUUAUAUUUUGUCAGAGGUGUCUUUUCAACUCUGUAUUUACUACAGUAUCAGUGUAUCUGUCGCUGAAAAUGUAACUAAGAUUUGUAAAAUGGUACAGCUUAUGCAAUAUAAUAAAAAUUUGAAAAAGUUA